AUCAAACCCUUGGCUUGUGACUCAAAUAAUCCGUUCAAAUUUGUAUAUAGGAAAUGAAUUUUGAUGACAUUUUCUUGAGUUUCGUAGUUCUUUUUCAUUUCUAGGUGUAAAUUCAAAAUCUCAGGUAUUUGUUUGUACUACUGCAGGCUCUCCUUCUGAAUUAUGCAUUUAGCAGAACAUUGAACUGGAAUUUGGAGAACAAUUUGAUAUGAACUCAUGGCGUGCUACUCCUUUCAGCGAACUCUUUAUUGUUUUGCAAACAGUUUUUUGGCGACUCGAAGAGCUUCUAACGAGCUGAUUAGUUUCGCAAGACCACGUACCAGCUAUUCUUCAAAUGUGCUGUUUAAAAAUAGAUUUGGUAGAGUGUGUUGUAGUUUGAGUUCUGGUUGGUGUAAAGUUGUACGGAGAGUUUCUUCAUAUGGUAUAAGUACAUCUGCUGAAAGUGCAACACUAGCUCAAGAUGCAAUUUUUGAUUCAGCUGACCGAGGAGAUGGAUUAGCGAACCACAGUUCUUCAAAUGGUAGAGUUAUGCUUAUUGAUGGAACAUCAAUCAUUUAUAGGGCGUACUACAAGCUUCUUGCUAAAUUGCACCAUGGCCACCUCUCAGAUGCUGAUGGAAAUGGGGAUUGGGUCCUAACCAUUUUUACAGCCCUGUCUCUUAUAAUUGAUGUCUUGGAAUUCAUCCCUUCGCAUGUGGCGGUGAUUUUUGAUCACAAUGGAGUUCCAUACGGUCACACUUCUCUUUCAUCCAAACAAAGUUAUGUUGCAAAAGGCCUAAAUUUUCGUCACACCCUUUUCCCUUCAUACAAAAGCAAUCGGCCUCCCACACCAGAUACCAUCAUUCAGGGACUCCAGUACUUGAAAGCAUCCAUCAAGGCGAUGUCUAUUAAAGUGAUUGAGGUGCCAGGUGUCGAAGCUGAUGAUGUAAUUGGGACCUUGGCUGUUAAGAGUGUCAAUGCAGGGUUCAAGGUGCGAGUUGUCUCCCCAGACAAGGAUUUUUUUCAGAUUCUGUCUCCUUCAUUGCGUCUAUUAAGGAUUGCUCCUCGUGGACUCGAGAUGGUCUCCUUUGGCAUGGAAGAUUUUGCUAAGAAAUAUGGAACGCUAGAACCUUCUCAGUUUGUUGAUGUGAUGUCACUUGUGGGAGACAAAGCUGAUAAUAUACCAGGAGUUGAAGGUAUUGGAAAUGUCCAUGCAGUGCAAUUGAUUACAAAGUUUGGUACAUUGGAAAACCUGCUGCAGUGUGUUGAACAAGUUGAUGAGGAGCGAAUCAGGAAGGUUGUUAACUCUUAUGGAGAAUGUCUUGCCUUGACGUCAAAUGCUGAGCAGGCUCUCCUAAGCAAGAAUCUGGCCAUGCUACGGUCUGAUCUUCCAUUCUACAUGGUUCCAUUUUCCACCGAAGAUCUGACUUUUAUGAAACCAGAGGAUAAUGGGGAAAAAUUCACAAGCCUUUUGACAGCUAUCAGUGCUUAUGCAGAAGGAUUUUCUCCAGAUACCAUCAUUAGAAAGGCUUUUUAUUUGUGGAAGAAGCUUGAAAGACAGUGAUUCAGAUAAUUGUUUUCGUGUAUCUUGGAUGGUGGUUCUGCCAAAUUCAGAAAUUCAAUCGAUAAGUCGCACCUGAAUUUGCAGAAAAUUUUACAUGCAGAUUCUAUCAUUGGAAGGUCAUUUUAUCUGCAGGAAAUGAUUGAAAGAAAAUGGAUUGGAUAUUUGUAUUGAUAAAUUCUCCGAAGAGGGUUUUAGCCAGUUGAAAAAUCCAGUGACCCAUAAACAAAAUUUGUGAUUCUCUCUUGUUUUUAUCCCCUCGUUUGUAAAUUUUACUGUCUGUCAAAUUCAAUUUAGAUGAGUUACUGACAUACAAGAGUUCUAUAUCAAUCUUCUUCAUUAUUAAUUUAAUCUUCAGCGUG